AUGAAUCGUCUUCUUGUUCGACGUUGCAGCAUGUCGUCAAUCGAAGAAGAAGACGAACCGACGGCAUCCGACGACUUGACGAUUCUAGCUGAAAGAUCACAAUCAUCUCCAUCAUACAACUACCAUAAAUUACAUCAUUCACCAUCCAUAGCCGAUUGGGAUUCGGAAGUAUCUGAAUCUGAACAAGAAUUUGAUGAUAAUGAUGAAGAUCUCAAUGAGAAUGGUGAAGAACGUGCCGCAAAUCGAGCGCUACAAAAUUUUAUACAAUCCUUUUCGAAACCCGUAUGUAUUAAAAAUAUUUUCCUAUUAACUUCUAUAUCGGAAAUAAUUUGUAAUGAGAUCGCAUUUAUCAAGGUUAUCGAAGAAGACUGA